GUGACGAGCGGUCGCGGUGAGUUUCCUCUUCUCGUCCCGGUGCCGUCUGGACGCGCACCGCUCCUGUGCUCUUCAGCCAUGAGCGCCGCUACUCAUAUGUGACCGCCAUGCUCAGUUUCCACAGUGUUUGGUGUUGCAGAAGUGAUCUUUGCCAACAACGAUGGCGAGCAGUGAGCGAAACAAGAAGAUCUUGCUAGAAAUGGUGAAACAGCGGGACAACAGCCAGUGUGCGGACUGUGGCGCGCCGGAUCCAGACUGGGCGUCCCACAGACUAGGUGUCUUUGUGUGUCUGAACUGUUCGGGGGUCCACCGCAACUUAUCCAGCCGUGUCAAAUCCUUAAAGCUGGACUUCUGGGAGGAUGAUCUGGUGGAGUUUAUGAAAUCCAACGGCAACACCAGAGCCAGAGCUUACUAUGAAAAAGCUGUUCCAGUGUACUAUUACCAGCCCAAUCAAAACGACUGUGCUGUCUUGAGGGAACAGUGGAUACGAGCGAAAUACGAGAGGAUGGAGUUCACGGGAGAGACCAAGUACCCGCCACUCAGUUAUACCACAGGUUUCCAUGAAGGGGUGCUGUGGAAGAAGGGGAAGGAGAACGCUCAGUUCCUGAGGAGGAAGUUCGUUCUCUCUGAAAGGGAAUUUACCCUGACCUAUUACAACAAGGACAACGACUCCAAAGUGCCGAAGGCGGUGAUCUCCAUCAAGGACCUGAAUGCCACCUUCCAGCCUGAGAAGAUUGGCCAUCCCCACGGCCUCCAACUGACUUACCAUGAGGACAGCCACAGCCAUACCAGGAACCUCUACGUUUACCAUGAAAGGCCUGAGGAGAUUGUGAUAUGGUACAACGCCAUCCGUGCGGCUCGCUACGCCUACCUAAGAACGGCCUACCCUACUGGACGGGAUGAAGAUCUGAAGCCCAAGAUAACAAGAAACUACCUCAAAGAGGGCUUCAUGGAAAAGACUGGCCCAAAGCAGAGGGAGCUGUUCAAAAAGCGGUGGUUCGUCCUCGACUCUCAGGAGAGGAAGCUGCUCUACUUCAAGGGCCAGCUGGAUGCCGAGGAGUUGGGGGUGAUUUUCAUUGGCACAGAGAAAAACGGUUACGCUGUGAAGGAGUGUGUCCCAAAGAGUGCCCGAGGGAACAAGUGGAACUGUGGCAUCGCUGUUGAGACCCCCGACCGGCAGUUUGUGUUCAUGUGUGAACAGGAGCGGGAGCAGAGGGAGUGGCUGGAGGUGCUCAGACAGGUCAUCUCCAGGCCCAUGGCACCUCAGGACUACAGCACUGAAGCCAACAUCAGAAGAAAAAGAUGAAACACAUACGGCCGCAACAACAGAGAAUCCCCGUAGGUGACAGGGCUGCGGCAUCUGGAAACCGAAGUGACUGGAUGACCAGCAGCAUGGAUGAAUGGUGAAUCUGUCAC